AUGGCGACCUCCAUGGCGAUGCUGACAGUGAACCCCUGCGCGGCCGGAGCCGCCGCCGGGAGGCGCCUGCAGGGGUGCCGGAGGGGGAGCCUGCCGCCGGCGACAUUCCGCAGAGGGGCGGUGAAGGCGGAGGCGGGUAGCGGGAGGACGCGGUUCCACAAGGCAAUCGAGAAGGACGGGAUCGUGCUGAUGCCCGGGUGCUUCGACGCGCUGUCGGCGGCCAUUAUUCAGAAGACAGGCUUCAGCGCCGCCUUUAUCUCCGGCUACGCCCUCUCCGCCGCCAGCCUCGGCUUGCCCGAUAUCGGCCUUCUCACGUGCGUUCCGAUCCCGAAACCCCAUGAACACAAGCGAUCUCUUUUCUGAGGAAGAUUUCUAACUAUCUUCGUUUCACGCAAUGCCCAGGCCGCCGGAGAUGGCGGAGAGCGCUAGGUUCAUCUGCGCCGCCGCCCCCGGCAUCCCAAUCAUCGCCGACGCCGGUAUGAUCUCCUCCCCGUUCACCCAAACCCCGGCAUGAAGGACGCAGUUUUUGGAUAACGUUACUAAGCAUGGGUCAGAUCAAAAGCUUCCGGCCAAACGGCUACAUUAGGAUGGUCGUAACCUUCGAUGAAGGAACAUCGGCGUUCGAAUUAGCCUCGCAAAUCCAUCACUUUACCCUAUGCCUCCAUUAUAGAUAAUUAAUCCACCAUCCUACCUCAGCCAUUAUAAUCCACGAAAUUAAAUCUAGCUUAUUACAACGCCUUUCCGACCAUAUCUAUUUUGCAUGAAAUCAUGAACUGUACUUCUAAAUUAUCAGUGUUACAACGGGCUGGGUUGCAAAAAACUAAAUGAUAAUUCAACACUUCGCAAUGAUUUUUAAGAAAAAAAAAUACUGAUCUAAGGAGCUUUGGCGCCGAGUUUCAGACACCGGCGGCGGCAACGCUCUUAAUGUUCAGAGGACCGUCAAGGAUCUCAUCGCCGCCGGCGUCGCGGGAUGCUUCCUCGAGGUACCUGAGAACUCAAUACCUCGUCCUUCCUUCCUCUUAUUCUUUCUUUACGACGUUACUGAACCAUCAUCUCUCUCUCGCUAACAGGACCAGGCCUGGCCAAAGAAGUGUGGUAUGGUUUUAAAUGUCUUAUUUUGUUAUCUACUUUCUUAGUUUCAAGCCAAGAGACGCUCAUAUUCUCCUCCUGUUUUUCUGGCUCGUCUUUUCUUCCCACUAGGGCACAUGCGCGGCAAGUCGGUAAUCAUCUCUUCAUUCUCUCCACCCCUGCCUCCUCGCUGGUCCGCUAAGAACUUCCUGCGAAAUUUCCUUACAUAUUCAUGACGCGGUGAUGGUCGUGGCGUGAAGGUGAUCCCUGCCGAGGAGCACGCGGCCAAGAUCGCGGCGGCGAGGGACGCUAUCGGAGACGCGGACUUCUUCCUCAUUGCCCGGACGGACGCCCGCGGACCGAACGGGCUGGACGACGCCAUCGAUCGGGCUAACCUGUACCACGACGCGGGGGCGGACGCCUGCUUCGUGGAGGCGCCGAGGAACGAGGAGGAGCUGAGGGAGAUUGGGCGGCGCACCAAGGGCCUCAGGGUCAGCAACAUGAUCGAGGGGGGAAUCACGCCCCUCCGCACCCCGCAGGAACUCCAGGCCAUGGGCUUCCACAUCGUCGAGCACUGCCUGACCACCCUCUACGCCGCCACCCGGGGAAUGACCGAGGUGCUGAGGAUCCUCAAGGAGGCCGGCACCACCCGGGAAGCGCUUCACAAGUUGGCCACCUUCGAGGAGUUCAACCAGAUGAUCGACCUCGACUCCUGGAACGAGAUCGAGGCUCGCUUUUCCAAGUACAAAGUCUCCGAAAAGGUGUUAGCAUAG